UCUGAGCAAAGUCAGGUGCUGCACCUGCCCUACACGCUACUCAGCCACCAGUGAUAGCUCAUGCACAAGGCAGAGACCUACUAAUGGCCUAUCAGCUGCUCAGCAAGAAGUGACCAAAAGUCACCCUUAUAGGGGAGGACAAAUGGUCACCCCAUAGCACUGCAAGGACAAAAUCCCCCUGCCCCUUUCCCCCACUUCCCUCAUUUCCCCCAUGGUUGUGCUUUGCCAUCCCACCAGCCAAGCAGCCUCCUCUGACCCCAGCACUGGUGGCCCUACCGGCAGGGAUGUGGCCAUUGUGGUGGCAUGGCUGGACAUCCCCUGGGGGUGCCGAGGUGAGCUGCUGGGGAAGUUGGUGCCAUUUCUGGGCCUGCCAGGCCACCACAGCAUGCCAACUUCUCUGUGGGACAGCUCCACAGAAGGGAAGGGGUUCGGUGUCCUUGUCUCUCCAAGCCUGACUCAGUGUCUUGGGGUGCUGGAAGUCAGCCCACAGCAGCCCCAUAUGGGCCUUCCCCAUGUUCCCACCACAGCUUAGGACACCUGAGAUGGAGACAUGCAGCAGGCUUGAACCAAGUUGUGCUUGGGUCUCAUGGCAUCCUGCCACAUUGCAGAGGGGACACCUCAGCCCUGCUGGUGUUUGGAAGUUAUCAGUGCAACCCCUCAAACUUCCCCUUGGCUGUGGAUUCAGUUCUGCCUUUGCCCCCCAACAUGAGCACUCCCAAGAAAGGGGAAGAGAAACUGCAGGGUGAGGAGAGAUGCCACAAGACAGCCAACGAGGAGCAGUGAAUAAGGGACAUUGUGCGGGUGAGGCCAGCUCUAGUCACCCCAUUGUCCUUCCAGUGCUGGACAGCAGUGACAGUGGAGACAGAGCAGGGAGAUGAUCCCCACCAUUCCUGCUCCCAUGCUUAGGGGGCACUUGAGGAGGGGGACAGGGUUCCCCACUGAAGUGGGUGGGAAGAAAGGGGAGUGCCAGGCUGCAGCCCAGCCCCAGGCACUCUCUUGGAAGCAUCUAUGGGAGAGUUUGGGCUCCCCAGCACUGCGGGGUGAGGCAAAGGGGAGAGGCAGCUCCCAGGCCCCAUGGCUUGCGUGGAGCUCCAUGGAAAUAGGGAGGCUGCUCAUCCACAGCAGGCCCCUGGAAUGGGCUUUGGAGUGGGGUUGAACCAUGGUCCCAUCCCUGUCCCAACUUGAGGAUCCUGCCCGGCCAAGUGCCGCCACUCCACAUGCCGUCCAAUGUCUGUCCAGUGGGAAACAGCCCCUUCCAGGCCCCACAGCCCAUCUCUGCCCUUGAGGACCAUCGCACUACAGCUCCUCCAGCCCAUCGACUGCCUGUGCCCCAAGAGGAACUCCUGGAGCAGAUGUCUCCUCCAGCCCUGUCUGCACCAUCCCUGAUGUCGUGGCCACAGCCCACGCUGGAGCUGCUCAUGACCACCUGCCUGGGAAGCCCCUUCCCCCAGAUCAGGACAGUGGUGCUGAGGGGUCAGGGGAUAUCAUCAGCUCUCCCCAUUCUCAUCCCCCAGAGCCAUUCAUGGCCACAGUCUUUGUCCACACCCCUGGCCCGCCUCUGCUCCUGUUGGUUUGACACAGCACCAGCUUCUAUCAGCAGCUCAUUAGCAUUGCCAGGCCAUGGAGAUCUGGGAGGUGACAAAGAGGCAUGGGGCCAGUGCACAGCCUGGGGGCAUGGGGAGCACAGGCCUGCAGCUGGUCUGUGAGAAUACGGUUUGCCUUCCCGGCAGGAAAAAUAGCCACGUCAGGGCCAAUCCCCCAGUUAAGUAGCAGAUCAGAGCAGAGACGUAUAUCUGCGCCAUGCAGGGCCAGGCAUGCCGGGCAUGAGUGGCACCGAGGGGCACUCCUGUCAGGGACAGUGGAUGAAGCCGAUGGCCAGGUGGCACGUCCACCUACAACGGGGAUAGAAAAGAGGGAUCAGUUCACCCACGCUGCCCUGAUUGUCAAGGUGCUGCCGCAGACGUGAGGGACCCCUUCCCACGGUCAGUGGGAUGGCCUCAUUGCGACCCAGGUCCCAACAGAACUCAAGCCAUAGACCAGCCCACCCCAAGCAGGAACCUCAGGGCCCUCCCCAAAACCUCAUUGCCAGACCCAUUGGCUGCCAGGACCACUAGCAUCAGCAGACCUGCCCAGGCGGAGCCAUGCUAAGGAGAAGUGUGUAGCCACAUCUCUCACAGUCCCUUUCUCCUGCCACUGCUCUCAAUACUGCAUGCUCAGGGCCUCGCUGCUGGCUCCAUGCAGCCCUGUUGCUGCUGCCUCUUCCUCCUCUGCGUCUUCCACCUCUCUGGGACAUGGGCAGACCUGGACGGUAAGUGACAGCUCUGGCUCAUCCACACCUGCUCCCAUGCCCCUUUGGGACCCCAUGGACAACAGGCUUUCUGCUCCCCGCCUGCCUUGGGCACUUUCCUCCUCACCCCUUCCUGCUCCACGCACCUCCUGCAGCAAUACACCCACCACAGGUACAUGCAGGGGGUGGGAGCUCUACCUGGCAAGGAUGCAGGGGGUUUAUGCAAGGCCUGCAGGUUCCUGCAACCCUGACAACCCAUCCCUUAGCCCCCACACUUUUCCCAGCCCUCUACUCCCGCUCCCGUUUCCCCCUGAGGCUCCUUUCUCAUGUAGGGUCCAUCACUGUUCGGCUGCUCCAGACCUCCUUUUUCCAAAACGCAUCCUUUGUGGAUACAGAGGGGCUGGGACUGCUGCAAGAUAUCGAGCUUGGUUCUCUUGAUAAGCACACCUGGUCCAUCCGCUUCUACCAGCCCUGGGUGCACCCAGCCCUGCCCCGCAGUGACUGGGACACCAUUCAGAACAUGAUCAGGAUCUAUUUGCAGCAGUUCAUCCACCUGAUCAGCGAAGGUGCAAUUGAGAAGAAUGUGCCCUACCCGUUUGUGGCCCAGUGCAUGGCAGGCUGUGAGAUGUACCCCAACAGGACCUCACGAGCCUUCGCCUAUGUGGCCUACAAUGGCCAGGACUUCCUCAGCUUUGACACAGACAAUGCCACCUGGGUCGUCUCCCAAGACACCAGCCUCUCACGGUACGUCCAGGCUUCUCUCCAGAACUAUACCGCCUUCAGUGAGCUAGUGGAAGUCCUCUUCAAUGAGACCUGCGUUGACGACAUGGAAGUGUUAGUGCACUAUGGGAAGGCAGCUCUGGAGAGACAAGAGCCUCCCCUGGCCACAGUCUUCGCCCACACGCCCAGCCCAGCCCAGCUCCUGCUGGUUUGCCGUGUCACCGGCUUCUACCCACGGUCCAUCAGCGUGGCAUGGCUGCGGGAUGGCCAGGAGGUGCCACCAGGCCCGGCUCUCAACACCAGUGCCAUCCUGCCCAAUGCUGACCUCACCUACCAGCUCCGCAGCGUCCUGGCUGUGUUUCCCCAUGACGGGCACAGCUACGCCUGCCGUGUGCGCCACCGCAGCCUGGGCACCCGCACCCUCCUCAUCCCGUGGGGGAAUGCAGAGAUUGUCCUGAUCGCAGGGCUCGGGGCUGGGCUGCUGGCAGCCUUGGUGGCGGCAGCUGUCAUAGCACAUUGGGUGUGGAGAUGCAGAAAACACCAGCAGAUGGAAGUAUCCGAGUCCAGGAACUCCAUCCUGAGCAAAGAAGCUUAGCCCUGAAGGGAGCCAACAGCCCCUCCCUCCUUCCACCACACUCCCAGGGACAGAAACUCUACCUUCUAGUGCUU